CGUAGCCAUCUUGUGUACAGCAGAGGAAGCGAAGCCGUUAGCUUGAGAUUUGUACUGACAGCGGACAGACAAACUGUCACUCUGCGCCCAACAGGCUUCGUUAUCGUCAGAAACGAAUAGCAAACAUGCGAUACUACGUGCCAAAAUGUAUAUCCAAUGUGUUUCGCGGAGGAUACGUGCUUUUGAACACGGGAGAGUGCUGAAAACUGAAGGCGCCUCAGAGUCGCCUAAGUCCAGGGACUGGAGAGUUUCAACUGCGAGAGCGGCCUGACGGAAACUCUCACACCGGGACAUGGCCUUCGUUUAGGCCACGGAGAAUACGGAUACGGGCUUGGAAGGAUUAAACACAGCUGGAAUAAAGCUGUCAUUGUGUUUGGGGCUUCAAUUCAAAGGAUUUAACGGACAUAAAUGGCGCGAUGAGGAGGGAGCUCUGAGGGAGUUUUGAGUUAGCGCGACGCUAACUGAAAAAAUACAUUGGGCUACAUAUUUUCAUACAAACUGCGUGGUUACGCAUACAUUGGAGCUGUGCGCUUUAGCCUGACGUGUUGAGAUCAAAAUAACACACUUCAAGCUGUCAUUUUGUUUGGAGCUUCAACUCAAAGGAUUUAACGGACAUAAAAUGCCGCGAUGAGGAGGGAGCUCUGAGGGAGUUUUUAAGUUAGCGCGACGCUAACUGAACAUUACAUGACAUAUUUUAAUAGAAACUGCGUUUCUACGCAUACAUAGGAGCUGAGUGCUUCAACCUGACGUGUUGAGACCAAAAUAACACACUUAAAGCUGCCAUUGUGUUUGGAGCUAUAAUUCAAAGGAUUUAACGGACAUAAAAUGCCGCGAUGAGGAUGGAGCUCUGAGGGAGUUUUAAGUUAGCACGACGCUAACUAAAAAUUACGCGACAUUUUAAUACAAACUGCGUUUGUACGCAUACAUUGGAGCUGAGCGCUUCAGCCUGACCUGUUCAGAUUAAAAUAACAUACUUAAAGCUGUCAAAAUGUCUAAGAUGCCAUCAAAAAAGAAGAGCUGUUUUCAGAUUACAAGCGUAACGCAGGCUGCACAGGUGGCUGCAAACAGCAACACGGACGACACGGAGAGUUUAGAUGACCCGGACGAGCCCAGGACUGAGGACAUGUCCUCAUCGGAGAUAUACGACAUGUCCAAAGGUGGCGAUUUCGAGCCGGAGACGUGUGACGUCAGUUUGUCGGAUGAAUCGCUACACAACGAGGCUGAAACAUCUGAUGGUCCCGUAGGUUCUCGUAACACAAAUGCUGUUCAUAUAAACCCUAAUAUCCGUGCGGUCACUGGGUCUCUACCUUCCCAGUCUUCAACUUCAGUUGCAUCUACUGCAACAUCACAGACUAGCAGUUCUGCCACAGUAAGUAGUUGCAGUUCCCGUUUCAGGGUCAUCAAAUUAGAUCAUGGUACAGGUGAACCCUUCAAAAGAGGUAGGUGGACUUGCACUGAGUUUUACGAGCGAGAGACGGAUGCUUCAUCCUCGUCCACUCGGACUGUGGAUAACGUUAAACACACAAUCACCACGGAUCAUAGCGUGGAGAUAGCAGGAGGUUCGGUGGCUGCUCACGUUGGGCUUUCAACACCUGCUGUAGAUGCUCAUACAGAUAGUGGUUACAUAUCUGCACCAUCGAAUCCACCUGUAGAGCAGCAACCCUUCAGCAUCUCGCAGCAGGGAUUAGGGCUUUACGCUGAUGCCCAUAUCAAAUCUCCCAGCAUGCCAUCGGCUCAAUCGCAGCCAUUUUUCCCGGGUAAACAGGUGCAGAAACCUGGUCAGAUUCUUCACACUGUUAUUCCAUCGAAUCAGCCUCCCGUCUCGGUGACUCUUCCGCUCGUGAACCCGUUGAACCAGGGUCCGUCACCUGUCAUGACUCCCGCGGCGGGAAGUGCUCACGUACUCGUGGAUGGCAGAGGGCUUCCCAUCAGCCAGCCGGAGCAUGUUCAGGGGCUUUUACAGCAGACGGCUCUUGGGACCAUGUCAGCCACAGCUGUUGUACAACAGGCACCAGUGCCACUCAUUCAGCCAGCAGUAACUGUGUCUGUCAGCCCCCAUGCCGUGAUCCCUGGUGUGCAAAAUGUGCCUGUUGUUAUGUCCAGUGCCUCUAAUACCCCCCAGAGCAUGCCAAAACAGACUCAGAAUCAGCCUCAGGGAGUCCACGGCGGACUGGGCACGCAGACGACCCCCGCUAACUUUAGCCAGCUUCCCAUCGGUGUCGCCAAGGCCGAUGAGAACCAGAGGAUGUCAGACGGGCUGUUCCAGAGUGCUGUACUCAUAGGAAAAGAUGCCAUCAAACCCCUGAAUCCCGAGGGCUUGCAGCUUCCCACACCUGCUGUCAGCAGCCUGUUUGGAAUAGCCAUUCCCAUUGAUGGGGAUGAGGACAGGAACCCCUCCACGGCUUUCUAUCAGGCCUUCCCAAACGGCAGGUCAAAGGCCAUCAGUGAUGGUGCCUCUGGCGCCAGCGUUGUGGCCAUUGAUAACAAAAUAGAGCAAGCUAUGGAUCUCGUGAAAAGCCAUUUAAUGUACGCCGUGCGUGAGGAAGUGGAGGUCUUGAAGGAGCAGAUCAAGGAGCUCUAUGAGAGGAACUCGGUUCUGGAGAGAGAAAACGCAGUAUUAAAAUCUCUAGCCAACACUGAGCAGUUGACCCAGCUCACGGCUCAGAUCAGCACCCUGGGAAGCACUUCGCCCCAACAGACGGCGGUCAACGCCAUCCUACAGGAAGGAAGCAAACUAGUGGCCUUGCCCCCGCAACCCAACGUAUCCACGGCGUGAAGACCUUCAAUCGUGGGACUUGCAUAAAAACAAAAAAAAAAACUACAGCCUGCAAAGGAGAUUUGGGUUUCCAGUCAUGUUUGCCACUUGCGGAGAGCCAUGCUUCGUUUUGUACGUGCUGCUUGGCUUUCCAAGUAUUAGACAAUCAUUUUGGGAGAAGCAAAGUUGGCUCCACGAUGGGCGUGCGGUAGCUUUCCGAGGGUUUGGCACAGGCGAAUGUGAGAGAGUUCUGGAAACGGAGAGUACCUACCAUUGAAAGCUUGGGAGGCUUUCGUCUCGUCUGUUUGGUUUUACUGUUUGCAUAUAUUUAUUAGAGGGCUGCUAUUUUCAUAUUGUAAAUGAACAAUGUAACAGAGGUCUAUUAUAUAAAUAUAUAUAUAUAUAUACAGGAACCUUGUUUUGGUUUCUAAAAUGUAAAAUACUUGGCAAUAAUGUCCCCAUGGCACAGUUCCAACACUAAAAGUGAUUCAACAACAUUGCUGAUACACAGUCCUGUAUAGUUGAGUUGGUUCGGGAUUGAAUGUACAUGUGUAUAGUGUAAAGUAUUAAAGUAUAGACAGUUGUACAGGUGAGCGGCAGUUAUCAAGUAUUUUUUCUUUCGGAUUUUAUUAAGUAUACUUGCCCUAAGUACUUAAAUUCGGAUUUCCGAUUCUGUAUUUUAAAUUCGGGAUGGGGGGACGAAGCUGUGAAUUAGUUUGUACAACAUAUUUGCAACCAAAGAAGAAAAGCUGUGUACAUUUGUUUUGUAACGAUGCACAUUUUCAUGUUCGCUCGCUUGCGCUUUGGUUUUUUUUUCAGACUUUGUCACCUUUUGUUUCUGAUUAGCAUGUUCUGCAUGAUCUAUCAGACUAUUUUCUUACCUCAUGUUUUUUAUUCAUCAUAAUUUAAGCAGUCUGUGAACGAUGUUUGAUGGACGGUGAAGGGUGAUUUUUGGAGGGAAAAAACUAGUAAUGUUAAACAACAAAUAAACAAUCAAAUGAGCCAUCUGUUUUCAUUUGCAUGGUGUUGUAAGACUUGACAUACCGACAGAUGUUUAUUACAUGUACAAAAAUGCCGAUUUAUAUUUCCAGGUGUAGUUUACACUGACAACUUUCAAAGAACGAUAUAAUAAAAAAAUCAUUAUGAAAUCAAGCCGCAAAAGUGUUCACAGAUGUCAUUUAUGUAUAGGGCAUGUCCUCUGUUUUUAAUGUCUCUUGUGCCUCUUGUAUUCUAUGGAUGCAGCGAUCUGGUUUAUUUUCUUGCCCAGUUUGAGCCAAACGGAAAUAUUGUACAAUCACUGUACAUCGGUCUGAACUUUUUUUUUUUUUUUAGGUUUGCUUGUUUUUCUUUUUUUUUUGUUGAAGGAAAUGUAGUAUACAAGCAAAAUGUAUUGUACUUGAUCACUGAGCCUUUGAGAAUAUCUUAAAUACCCUUGUAAUGUGCUGUUUUGGAAAGUUUAGUUUUCUGUCAGAAAUAAAUUACUGUUCCAGCGAGAACUAAACUGU